GUGCUGGGCGACACUCUGAGAGUUCCGAGAGUUUUCCCAAAGUUUUGAUGCAGCUAUGAAAGGUUUGGCUCUCAGCAAUUCAGAGGUGAUUCGGCAGGUUCACAACAGCUUUGCCAGGCAGCAGAUGUUUGAAUUUGAUGCAAAAUCUUCAGCUAAGGACGAAGACGCCUUCCACUUUGUCAGCUAUGUUCCUGUAAACGGCAGACUGUACGAGCUGGAUGGACUUCGAGAGGGACCGAUUGAUUUGGGCGCAUGCAACCAAGAUGACUGGAUCAAUGCAGUUCGACCAGUGAUUGAGAAGAGAAUACAAAAGUACAGUGAAGGUGAAAUCAGGUUCAACCUAAUGUCGAUUGUGUCUGACAGAAAGAUGAUUUAUGAGAAGAAAAUUGCAGAACUUCAGGCACAGCUGACUGAGGAUGAGCCAAUGGACACAGACCAGAGCAGUUCCUUCCUAAGCUCCAUCCAGUCAGAAAUUGCCAAGUACCAGCUCCUCAUUGAGGAAGAAAAUCAGAAACUUAAAAGAUAUAAGAUUGAAAAUAUUCGACGGAAGCACAAUUACCUCCCUUUUAUCAUGGAGUUGCUGAAAACACUGGCAGAAUACCAGCAAUUAAUGCCAUUGGUAGAGAAGGCAAAGGAGAAACAAAGUGCUAAAAAAGCUCAAGAGGCAAAGUGAACGAGAGACGCCACCAAGAGAAGCUUGUGAUCCCACGCAGAAACGCACGAAGAACGGCAGUCCCCUUCACUGAGCAGCGUAAUCCUGUUUGACAGCAGCUAUGACAGCCAUGUGGGCGUCGCUCUCACACCAUGCAGCCACAGCGAACUGCACAGACUGCCCAGCAUAAAUUAUCAUUGUCACCAUGUGUGUUCAUCAGCUGUAAUGCAUGAUUGAAGGAAAAUUGUACCAUGUUCUGUCCUAUUUUCAUAAUAAAAACGUCCUAAUGUUUGUGAA